GUAUACCGUCAUCAAAUAGCGACAAUGCUACUGACGCCAUCUUUGUGCGUCCGUUUAUUUACGUCAUGGCGUCGGUGGAUUUCAGAGACAACCUGCUGGGCAUAUCCUGGGUGGACAGCGGCUUGGUGCCCAUCCUCAACCCUGGAAAUGUACUCGAUUACUUCUCGGAGAGGAGUAACCCCUUCUAUGACCGCACUUGUAAUAACGAAGUGGUGAAAAUGCAGCGGCUCAGCCUGGACCAUCUCAAUCAGAUGGUGGGGGUGGAGUACAUUCUUCUCCAUGCGCAAGAGCCCAUUCUCUACAUCAUCCGUAAGCAACAGAGACAGUCACCCACGCAAGUGAUUCCCUUGGCUGACUACUACAUCAUCAUCGGAGUAGUCUAUCAAGCCCCGGACCUCAGCACUGUCAUCAGCUCCAGAGCGCUUUCUGCGGUUCACGGUAUCCAGUCUGCGUUUGACGAAGCCAUGUCCUACUGCCGCUACCAUCCUUCCAAAGGAUACUGGUGGCACUUUAAAGACCAGGAAGAGAGAGAAAAAAACAAACCAAAAUCCAAGAAGAAGGAGGAGCCGGGUUCACUGUUUCAGAGACAUCGCGUGGACACGCUGCUUUUGGACCUCAGGUCAAAGUUCCCGCCAACCUUCUACCAGCCAAAGCCUGGAGAGAAGCCCAUUCCUGUUGAGGUUAAAAAAGAGCCCGAACCUCCCACGGAAACCGUCAAACAAGAGGAAAGGGAGCCAGCGGCCAAAUCCUCCUCUGCCGCCGCUACUACCGCCACCGCCGCCGCGCCGACCAACAAGCCGCCUCCUGAAAAGCGAGCGCGUCUCCAGUGACCCCCAUUACACCAACAGGAAACCCAAUUAGGACUUUGUCUCCGCCACUCGGCCUCUGUGUGGUCAGGAUGAGGAAGUAGUUCUCCUGUCGGCCCGGAUGCCUCCCACACAGCAUUAUUGAAUAAUGAUAUCAAUAUGAACCCUGGUGGGGAUGGGCCAGCGGAUGUUUGAUGAUCUGUUUGAUGACGUCAGCAUUUUCCAUCCAGGAUUACUUUGAUUUCCGCUCGUCUUUUUUACACAUGCAGGAAUGAUGAUGUAUCCUUGGCUAGUGUGGGAACCCAAGAUUCCUCGCCCGGCUCAUUUCAUACACUGCUUGUUGUCAGUUUUUUGUGUACUAAAAUGUAUUAUGUUUUUUUUUCCUUGUGUGACAGCAAUACGUUUUCGUAAUUAUGUUAUUAUAUCCUCCAUAUGUGUUUAUUCUUGACAACAUUGGACUCACUGCUCUGUCUUGUCAUCUCUUUCAAUUUUCAAAAAUCACAAAUUCAGGAAGAAAUGCUUUUGUUAUGAUUGUUACACUUGAUUCAUGUGUAAUGUGGAUGCUGAGUUAAAUAUCGUGAUAUGGA